AUGAGAUGGCCAGGAUCCGACGACUCAAAUGGCUCACGCGCCAUCGACCCGCUUUGUUCAGAGACGCGAUCUAGUGAGGUUCGGGGGCUCCACAGCUGGUACACUAGGGAGCGCGGCAGAUCGGAUACCUCCCUUACAGACCAAGGAGAACCCGUGAAUUCUCGCCCCUCCGUGGGGCAACAACUGCAUCAUGGCCAGCCACGACGCGGACGCGGUUACUUGGGAAACGCGUGA